CUCAAUCCAUUCAGGUUUUUGUUUGUGUUUUUCAUUUUCUUCAGGCAUCGGCUGAUUUCUACCCAGCACGCAGUUUAGAAUUUGAGUACAAUUUGCAGUUGUUCAGUGUUUUUAUAUCAAUUGUCGCGAGUGGUUGAGUCAGUUUGAGAGCUUUGCCAUAUUGACAAACAGUGCAAACAGAUAUAUUUCAGCCGGUGUCCACAGAGUUAACCAACACAAAAAUAUCCUAGUGAUUUCGCUUAUUAGAUUAAACCAAAGUAAAUAAAGCAAGAUGGCCACUAAAAUUCGCGCUGGUCCCGUUGUGGAUAUUCUCGGUGAUGAAAUGACACGCAUUAUUUGGUCUUCGAUUAAGGACAAAUUAAUUUUGCCUUUCCUAGACAUCGAGUUGCAUACCUACGAUCUCGGCAUGGAACAUCGUGACAAAACUGAAGAUCAAGUCACAAUCGAUUGCGCUGAAGCGAUUAAGAAAUACAAUGUUGGUAUUAAGUGUGCCACCAUCACUCCCGACGAGAAACGUGUGGAAGAGUUCAACCUGAAGAAAAUGUGGAAAUCACCCAACGGUACCAUACGUAACAUUCUCGGCGGCACUGUCUUCCGUGAAGCUAUCGUCUGUAAGAAUAUUCCACGUUUGGUUUCUGGUUGGGAGAAACCUAUUGUGAUUGGCCGUCACGCGCAUGGUGAUCAAUACAAGGCCACAGAUUUUGUAGUCCCUGGUCCUGGAACAUUAACUCUCACUUUCAAGCCAAGCGAUGGCAGUGAAGCCAUUUCACAUGAAGUAUAUCAAUACAAAGGUUCUGGCGUCGCCAUGGGUAUGUUCAAUACAGACGAAUCUAUCAUUGAUUUCGCUCAUGCUUCUAUGAAGUACGCGUUAUCACGAAAACUCCCACUAUACUUGAGCACCAAAAAUACUAUUUUGAAGAAGUACGAUGGACGUUUUAAGGAUAUCUUCCAAGAAAUCUACGACAAGGAGUACAAGAAGGAAUUCGAAGCGCAAGGUGUAUGGUAUGAACAUCGUUUGAUCGACGAUAUGGUUGCAUAUUGCAUGAAAUCAGAGGGAGGUUUCGUGUGGGCCUGCAAGAACUACGACGGUGAUGUACAAUCCGACUCAGUUGCACAAGGUUUCGGCUCACUCGGUUUAAUGACAUCGGUAUUAAUUUGCCCAGAUGGUAAGACAGUCGAGUCGGAGGCGGCACAUGGUACAGUGACACGUCACUAUCGUAUGUACCAACAAGGCAAAGAAACCUCAACCAAUCCCAUUGCAUCGAUCUUUGCUUGGACAAGAGGCUUAUUACAUCGCGCACAUUUGGACAACAAUGAAAGCCUGAAACAAUUUGCCGAAACUCUGGAGAAGGUGUGCGUGGAUACCAUCGAGGCGGGCAGCAUGACCAAAGAUUUGGCUAUCUGUAUCAAGGGCAUGAAUAAAGUGCAACGUAGUGAUUACAUGGAAACAUUCGAAUUUAUGGAUAAGUUAGCAGAAAAUCUGCAAAAAGCACUUUCGAAAUGACUUUCUGAAACAGAUAUGCCUAUUGCAAGUGGAGAGCGUCGUUCGCAUCUAUAAGAUGCAAGUGAUGGUAUUGCGGAAUUUAAAUGUGAAACAUGAUAACAUUCAUAGCCAGUGUGUAAUCUUUUUGUUUACAACCUCAAAAGAUCAAUAAAUGCUUUUAUAUUCAAUAUACAUAUGUAUGUAGUACUUUAAA